AUGGCGUCGACAUCGACAGCAGCAGCAGCAUCAGGAGCGGUAAUACCCUCACCACCACGAUUCACGUCCUCCUCGUCACUCCCACCUCGUCCCCCAUCCGAUCCCUCCUCCCUCCUCGCCUCGCUCAAAUCCCUCGGUCUCGCAACGGAGAUCAGCGUAUCAGACCUCGCCCUCACCUCCACAAGCGAUGCAGCUACGUCGUCAGCUUCCUCCUCGUCAUCCAGCUCGCUCAGUAUCCUUCUAUCACGCCUCUCUCUUCUCCUCACCGACCUCUCCCGCUUGAUCCAACAGCAGACUAGCACCCAUUCGUCCUUGCUCCUCGCCCAAGCCUCACGGGUCGAGGAGCUGCAGCGCUCCCUCCGUGACGCGAGACGCGGGGUCAAUGAGGUGGAGAGCGGGUAUGAGGCCAGAUGUAGGCAGCCUGUGGUGGGCGCAGCGAAGAAAUUGCGCCGAGAUAGGAGGAGAUUAGAACGCUUGAACGAAGUCAUCGAGCUGGGCAGGGAGGCGGGCAAAUUCGUAGGAGAGGGAAGGAGAUUGGAGGCAUGCUUGCGGACUCUCUUUGGAGAAGACGAAGGGGGGCAAGAUAACGUAGCAACAGCUUCAUCCAAAUCGCUCUCCCACCCUACGCAGCAAGAGGCUCUGGGCCGGGCCUCUCUUCACCUCUCCAACAUUAGCACUCUCCUCACCGCGUCACCCCACCUCAAACGGGUCAACUUCAUCCACUCCUACUUGCCCUCGAUCCUCAACACGACCCGCUCGCAGCUACAAGAUAGAAUGGAGUCAUCCGUCGUCACGGCUCUUCGCGACCUGGACGGGCGAUUGCUCGCCUCCAGCCUGCUUGCCGCUGAUCGGCUGGGAGUAAGGAAAGAACUCAUUGGAGACCUCAUGGGAGACCUCUGCGAUGUGGUGCGCAAGAGGGUGGGCGCCGUCUUCGAUGGUGCGGGUGGUGGCGGAGGAGGCGGUGCUCCGGGUCUGCCGGGUAGAUUGGAGCAUCUGCUCACCGUGGAGAUGGCUGCUGUGUGUAGCAAGAUUUAUCUGCUGCAGAGAGUUUUGGGGCUGAUGCGGGUGGGUGAAAGCGAGGGGGACGGUGACGGGCAGGUAGCAAAAGAGCCAGCAGCCACGCCUGCGCAACCGCGCACCCUAUUGGACGAAUCGCUGCUCCUCCUCGGGGAUGCGCCCACUCUUCUCUUCUGGCGGACCUUGGCUUCCAGCCUUGCCUCGCACACGGGUAGAGGUACAGCUCGCUCAACACCGGCCAGCAUCAGAGAGAUCCGCGGCUUUGUCGACACUUUCUUCGAGCGAACGAGCGUGUGGACAGGUCUGCAAGAGACUGGCGGGCCAGAGAGGACGCUCUUGCUGCGCAGCCUCGGCGGUCUGGUAGGGGAGGACGUUGGGAGGUAG